AUGAAGACAGGCGCAGCAAUCUAUGGAGCCACCCGCAUCACCGCCGACAAAGCCAAACGCGAAGCACAUGAAUCUCAACUGCGCCUACCUCCCAACGCUAACGCUCAACCACCCCCGGACCUGCUCAUUGUGACAACGGAAGUUCCGGGCAUCAGUCGGUCUCAUUGGACAUCAUCGUAUCAAUUGCAGUACCCGGACGACACCAUCCGAUGUCACCUCGUCCACCUCUGCCUCGCCACUACGCCGAAAAUUAAUACUGACCACGCUCCUGAACCCCAACUUCCAUCCUUCUCCAACGCCUCAACAUCCACUGCGACGACUCCUGUAUCAACUGCACACAAUCCUGACACAUCGAUCAACACUAACCGCACCAUUCUCAACACCUGCCAUGUGAACUCGGUUCAUACCUGUCCUCAUUGCGAUCGCACCUUCGCCCGACACAUCGGUUUGGUCGGUCACUUGCGAAUCCAUCGUACAGAGACUGAUGAACCAGUGCCUGGAGCGCCAACAUACACAAAACGCAUCCAUCUCAACUAUCCUCAGUGCACCUGCACAUUCACCCACCUCAUGGACUUAUUAGCCACAUGCGCAUUCGCGGAAGCCUGCAGUAGACAACCGUCGGGUAAACCACACAAUCACAUCUUCCUCCACCUACAUCAUGCAGCAUCAUCACCCAAUACAAGCAUCCAGUUGCCACCUCCCAAGUAA